GUUAAAUGAGAGAUUCCCAAUAAACUCAAGAAGGAACAAAGCACUCUCUUUCUUUGAAGAUGAUGAUCACAAAAAAACUAUAUCAAUGUAUGUGUUUAUUAUGCAUGGUGAUUGCAUUAUUAGACGUAGUGAGUAGUGAUGAUGCUAAAGAGCAAAAGAUGAAGGACAAGAUUAUCUCUUUGCCAGGCCAACCUCCUAACCUCAACUUCUCUCAAUUUUCUGGCUACGUCACUGUUGAUCCCGCGGCCGGACGGGCUCUCUUUUAUUGGCUAACCGAAGCUCCUAGGCCUAGCGGAACGAAGCCCUUAGUCCUAUGGCUCAAUGGUGGUCCAGGAUGCUCCUCUAUUGCUUAUGGUGCUUCUGAAGAAGUUGGUCCAUUUCGGGUUAAUCCAGACGGAAAGACUUUGCGUCUAAAUCUAUAUGCUUGGAACAAAGUGGCAAAUGUGUUAUUUUUGGAUUCACCGGCGGGAGUUGGUUUCUCUUACACAAACACUUCGUCAGACGAACUAACCGUGGGAGACAAGAGAACAGGGGAGGAUGCUUAUAGAUUCUUGGUGAGAUGGUUGGAGAGGUUCCCUGAGUAUAAGGAACGGGCUUUUUACAUCGCCGGCGAGAGCUACGCUGGACAUUAUAUUCCGGAGCUAGCCCAACUGAUCGUCAACCGUAACAAAGGUGCCAAAAAUCCAACUAUCAAUCUAAAAGGGAUUCUGAUGGGGAAUCCUCUUGUCGAUGACUACAAUGACAACAAAGGAAUGCGUGACUACUGGUGGAAUCACGGGCUUAUAUCGGACGAAAGCUACAAUGACCUGACCAAAUGGUGUCUCAACGACUCCAUCCUAUUUCCAAAACUAAACUGCAACGCUGCUCUGAACCAAGCCUUGUCUGAGUUUGGUGACAUUGACCCUUACAACAUCAAUAGCCCUGCAUGCACCACGCAUGCAUCAUCAAAUGAGUGGAUGCAAGCAUGGCGGUAUAGAGGGAACGAUGAGUGUGUUGUGGGAUACACACGCAAGUAUAUGAACGAUCCCAAUGUGCACAAAUCCUUCCAUGCCCGUCUCAACGGCAGUACUCCUUGGACACCUUGCAGUCGUGUGAUAAGAAAGAAUUGGAAAGACUCACCUAAGUCCAUGCUUCCUAUCAUCAAGAAUCUUCUUCAAGCUCAUCUCCGCAUUUGGAUCUUCAGUGGGGACUCGGACGCGGUGUUGCCUCUAAGCGGGACGAGGCAUUCGAUUAAUGCAAUGAAAUUGAAGAGUAGCAAAAGGUGGUAUCCAUGGUACCAUUCACACGGCCUAGUAGGAGGUUGGAGUCAGGUUUAUGAGGAUGGCUUGCUAACGUACACGACGGUUAGAGCAGCAGGGCAUGAGGUGCCAUUGUCUCAGCCUCGUCUCGCUCUUUUCCUCUUCACCCACUUCCUAGCCAACCACUCUCUUCCCUCCUCUCCCUCUUAAUUUUUUUUCCACUUAUUUGCAUGAGGUACAUUUUGUAAACAUCAUUAUUUGCGUUUUUUAUUGAUAGGUGGUAUUUGUUUCUGUUUUGUGUGUAGUUGUUACGUAUUAGAAGACAAAUAUACAUCUUUUUCUUUUAAUAUUA